AUCGUCUACUCUGCUGUCAUUGGCGAUAUGUAGUGUCUGUCAUGCUGGGCCACUGGCAUGGACUUUCCCUAUCCGUAUCCACUAUCUGAAGUUCGCCGUUCUGCUUUACUCAUUGGAGUUCCAUGUUGCCAUUCUCUACCCGUCUGCAAUCUACUGAACGCCUCUCCUUUGCUCGGCUUUAACAGGAAUGAAUACCACGGCCGAAAAGAAGUGUCGGCCAAGAGACAUUUUAUAAUUUUUAACAUGUACAUUGUCUUAGAUAUUUGAUUAGAGAGACCAUUCGGAAUGAAAUUGAAAACCGGCCGCAUACAUUUUUGUGUUUCAUCGACACCGUGGAGCUCAAGGGGGAUAUGUGCCUGACUUAUAGCCAUUUUUUUUGCAGACAAAGAGAGCUACUGAGUGCUGGUUAAAAAAGACAAAAGGGGCUUGGUCACUAUCCAUGGAAAAAGUGGGCAAGAUGUGGAGCAACCUGAGGAGCCGAUGCCAGACCCUCUUCCACAGCGACAGUGCGGGACCCAGUACAGAGAACAGCGUGGUGGAAGAGGACGGUAUGAACUGUGUGGCGGACCUGGGACGGGGAGGUACUUCAGGCGAGGCCCAGGCAUCUCGGGCCUCCAGCCUUUCCCGAAGCCUCUUGCCGCUUCCCGGGGUUACUGGAGGGCGACGUCACAACUGUGUGUCAGACAUCCCCCAGAUGGUAGAGAGAACCACAGACAGAAAAGACAAUGAGGAAGCGAGGGGGGUUCCUGGGGGAGUCCCUAUAGGCCGGAGAGACUCGUACUCGCGCCAUGCACCUUGGGGGGGCAAGAAAAAACACUCAUGUUCCACUAAGACCCAGAGCUCCAUGGAUACAGACAGGCGGUCGGGGCGCACACGCGGUGCCGCUGGGCGAAAGGAGCGUCGCUACGGGGUCAACUCCAUCCAGGAGAUGGAUGACUCUGGAGACGGGGGGCGUAGUCUGAGCACCCGCUCCCUGCGCCAGCGGCUUAGCGACACAGUGGGCCUGUGUCUCCCCCUUCCCCCCCGCCGCCGCUCGCUCUCCUCCUUCCAAACCCCCACCAUCUCCAAGCGCAAGAUCCACCUGACAGAGCUGAUGCUGGAGACCUGUCCCUUCCCCCAGGGCUCGGACCUGGCCAACAAGUGGCACCUGAUCAAGCAGCACACAGCGCCCGUCAGCCCGCAUUCCUCCACGGCUCUGCUAGACGCCUUUGACCCGGUCCACCCCUCCCCCGAGGACGAGGAGGAGCGUCUGCGCGAACGCCGCAGGCUCAGCAUUGAGGAGGGAGUGGACCCCCCACCCAACGCCCAGAUCCACACCCUGGAGGCCUUGGCGCAGUGCUCCUCUCUGUACAAACUGGGACCAAAGAUGGCCCCCGGCAUUGCAGAGGCCUCUGGGGAGGGCACGACGGCCAGCUGCUCAGGAGGGGCGGCUGGGUCGUCGUGCUCGUCGGUGCAGGUGCUCGGAGGGGCUACAGCCCAGCUGGCUGACUGCGACUCGGAGGAGGACUCCACCACCCUUUGCCUGCAGGCCCGGAGGCCUAAGCAACGCCACACGUCCGGGGAUGGCCAUCUGAGCCGCAACCAGUCUGGGCCCUGGAAGGUGCACACCCAGAUCGACUACAUCCACUGCCUGGUACCGGACCUGCUUCAGAUCACUGCGCUGCCCUGCUACUGGGGCGUGAUGGACCGCUACGAGGCAGAGGCUCUGCUGGAUGGCCGGCCCGAGGGCACCUUCCUGUUGCGCGACUCGGCCCAGGAGGACUACCUGUUCUCGGUCAGCUUCCGUCGCUACAACCGAUCGCUGCACGCCCGCAUCGAGCAGUGGAACCACAACUUCAGCUUCGACGCCCACGACCCCUGCGUGUUCCACUCGUCCACCGUCACGGGCCUACUGGAGCACUACAAGGACCCCAGUGCCUGCAUGUUCUUUGAGCCGCUGCUCACGGCAGCUCUCCACCGGACCUUCCCCUUCGGCUUGCAGCACCUAGCCCGCGCUGCCAUCUGCCGCCGGACCACGUACGACGGCAUCGGCGCCCUGCCGCUGCCCCCGGCCCUGCAGGACUUCCUCAAGGAGUAUCACUACAAACAGAAAGUGCGCGUGCGCUGGCUGGAGAGGGAGCCGCCACUCAAGGUCAAAUAGAGGGCGGUAUCUGGCGGCCUGUGCGCCGCGGACGGAGUUGAAACAGAAAAAUCCCUGCCAAUCAGGAGAGGCCAUACUGAAUGAACAUAGCACUACUCAGUCAGGCAAGGAGGGGUAACUGGAGAAACAAGGAGUUAGGUGAAGUGAGCGAUCCAAGAUUCACUCUAAUCUCGUUAUUGUUUUAGUUAUCAUUUACAUCACUUGGGAUACAUAUGUAUCAUUAUAUUCAGUAUAAUGCUGUCUGGCAAGCACACAUGUUUUUAAUGUUGAACAGGUUCUGAAAGGGAGAGCACAAGCCUUCAUGCUUUGUGUCCUUCUCGCCUCUUUCAUUCUGUCAAGUGUCUGCCUGAUCCCACAGCAUGAGCUGCUUGCAUGCCCCCCCUCAUCCCCCCCAGUCUCUAUCUAGGCCCACAUGGUUAGCUAGCUAUGUUGUACAGUUCACUCGUGCUUUCUAUCCUUCCCUUUCCAUUUUCUUGAUCAAGCGACUAUACUGCCUGGCGGGCAUCGUUAGGCCUCAGGUGUAAUGUUAAUCAUCGCUCUCCUGGGGGCGGGGGGUGGGGUUGCUGCAACUACAACUCCUGCUGCGAGUAAGUUAGGGCCCGUUUUGUCCUACAGACACGCACCCCGACGAUUUUUUUUUAAAGGUGCUGUUUAGAGGUUCUGUCCUGUAGGUCUUCACCCCAAGGGCAACGCGGAACGUGGCCACGUCCAAGGGUGCUGCUACUACAUCCUGCUUCCGUACACCUAUAGGGAGCAGGGCAUACUCAGGAGUGGGUGUGGUUACAGCAACUCCUGGGCUUUUUGAUAUCCUCACUGUGAUUUCUCUAAGCAUGAAUCAUCGGCUCCCACCACUACUGUGUUGCCACAGAAGUGCGGUUCUUAUAAUGGAACAAUACUAACAAUAUUUGUCCUGGUUGUUUUCUCACGUCUGUCAGUGGCUCGAACUGGCAACAGAGCAGGCACUUUAACUUGGUCUGGUUUGUUUCUGGUACUGUGUUCUGCCUUCAUGGUGUCACACUGUGCCAUCCUCAGGGUUAAGUUGUUAUAAUUCAGGCCCAUUGUUAGGUCAACAAUUGAGCCCAAUGGUAGAGCGAAUGCCAAGAGUGUGUAAAUAUGUUAUCAAGGCAAAGGGUGGCUACGCAAAUAUUAAAUGUAUUUAGAUUAGGUUACUACAUGUCGGUGACAGCCGUGCGGCCCAAGUAGGCAACGGCAUGGGGAUUUUGUCUUCAGUCUCAAAAACCUGUCUGGGACAGCUAAAUUGUGGCCAAAAUCGUGUAGUGUACACCCAGCUUAACCUAACUAAACUGACCAAGACGUUACUCAAACAACAUGUAUAUCUCUUACAUAAUUCUACCCAAAAACAUUGACAAUUUCUCACCCAGUGGCGUAUGGGCUAUUUAGGUAUGCGCUGAUGCCACCCAGUGAUAAGCAGUAGGCCUAUCCAGUUUAUCAAAAGCAGGGGGUGCAAAAUGUUGUCCAUGCCCAGCGCGCUUCACCGGUGCAGCACUCCACCAAUGUUCAGUCAAAAAAGUAUCCAACAUAAAUCGUGUAGCCAAUCGUAGAAAGUGGCGUUUUCUGUAGCCUACAUGGUGGAGAUCAAACGUAUGUCAAUGGCAUGAGACGGACACGUUACUCUAUGCAGGUUUCUCCGAUCAAAUAGCCUAACCUAAAUGGCGCACAAUCACAUGAAAAAAACGCUCGUCGACGUAUGACAUGUUAACAAACAACAUUUCCAAAAACGGGACGAGUCAAAGUAAAAUGGACAAUAUCUGGAAAGGAAAAUCAAGCUACUCACAGCUAAUGUCCGGGAGUUUCACCCCUUAGGCUAAAUUGACAUGAUAAUCAGCGAUUUUCACGUUUGUAUUCAUCCGUUUUUUGGGAUGAGCUGCAUCAUAGCGAAACAAGAAAGACUUCUGCAUUUCCCGCUGUGUGAACACACGGAUUCUCCUUGUAAAUAGGCUGAGGAUAACUCCCGAUGAAGUUGGGGUAGCUUAUUCAGAGCUUAAAUAGCCCAAAUAAUUAGUCACAGGAAUCAGGACUAAUAAUGCCAAUGCAACUGCCUGUUUUACAAACGGUAAGCCAACCACAUGGAUGGGCAUUCAUAAAAUUCCAUUGCGGGCCAACAUUGUAAGGGAGGGCGGCCAUUUUUAUUGGUCUCAUCUAGGGCGGCAUAAUGGCCAGGAAAGGGCCUGCUUCACUUUGUCACUGCUAGCCAUGUCCUAUAAUAACCCAGCAUAUUGUGAGAGCUGGCAUCAGGAAGAGAAAUACAACAAAGCAUAACCUAUGUGCCUUUCAUAGAGCCUCCUGUUUGAAUCCAUACUUUCUGGGUCUUAAAAAAAAAAAAAAAAUCUACUUUGAACUCUUGAGCCUGGCGCAUGGAAUACUCCAGCAGCACUUCUCAUUCAUGUAGUCCUUUAAAUGAGUGCGAGGAGGAAAAAGAAUGAUGAAGAACAGGGUGACGCGUGAGCUCCGAGCUUGCUCUCUAAAGUUCAUUGGUGCACAUUUUGAUUAAAAAAAGAUAUAUUUUUCAAUUGAACUUAAUCAAGAACAUUUUGCCAAUCCGUUAGAAUAAUUAGUGGGCUUCACUUAUAAAACUUUUUGGGUUUAAUAGGUGUGACUAGAUGUGUGGGGCAUGGCAGCGUCAGGUCCUGGAGGACUUCGACACUGGACAUGCUUUAGAACUGUACACCUUUAGAGACGCGCAUAGCCACAGGGUCUAUAAAAUCUAUGUAACACUUUGAAAAAUUAGGAAGCCUACAGCUAACAUGUAUAUGAAGAUAUUAUCUGACAAUGUAUACUAAUAUAGCUCUAAACGAAUUAUCGCUGAGGUAUCAGUGAUUCUUUUUAUCCUGGUUAGAAAGGCAACUCUCAAAUCCCUUCUCUCUGAUUUGCAGGGAAGAUGUUUGUUUUAACUACCUGACACAAAUCAGGUGUGUGUAGAGGGUUAUCGGAGAGGAAGGACCGUGAAUGAUAAAAUGUGGAAUGAAUGCGUAGGAUUAGCUUAUUCAUGUGCAUCUGUGUCUGUGACCAAAGCGCUGUUAUUCAACGGUGUUGCACACAACCUGUGUUGUUGUCUAGGGCUCUUUUUAAAAUGACAAUACAGAAUUUUAUUUCAAAACAAACAUUUCAAUGGCAGCCAAUCAAAGCUUGGGAUGGAUACAGCAAUUCCAUGGUAACCGAAUUAAGAUGAGACACAAGAUUUUAUACGAAACAAAAACUUUGAUUUCAAAAUUUAGCAAACCAUAUAACUCUCUGCACAAGGACUACUUUUAACAAUUUCCGCAGAAGAUGUUUCGUAGGAAGAACUGUGCAGAUGCAAAGUUUGGUAACCGAAUAAAACUGAGGGAGAUUAUACCGUAAUUAUGUUACCUUUCUUCAUCUGCACAGUUUUUCCAGUAAAUACAUCGUUGUUUUUUUUUACUGUGUAAAUUCUUCAAAGUAGUCAUUGUGCAUAGAGUUGUAUGGUUUGUUAAAUCAAUGUUUUUUGUUCGGCAUACAUUUUCAAGUGAGUCUCAGCAUAAUUCAGUUACCGUGGAGAAUUGCCCAUAUCCCAAUAAUGCCUGAUUGGCUGAAGUCUACAGGACAUGCGCUGUUACCAGGUAGAAACAGAGACGAGCCCCCAACGCCUCACACCUCAGUCUUGGAACUGCUUUUAAUGACUAACUCAUUGUUCUAUAAUAACAGUGUACUAAUGAAAGGUCAUGUGUUGUGUGGGUAUCCCCACCCGCUCUCGUCUCCUAAACCUGGUCUCCUAAAAAAAAUCUGAGAACUUACUACAGUGAGUCAGCAACAUUUCCCCCCGCACUUUUUCAGAAAGCUUGAAGAUUGCAUGUUUAAAUGGCCCAUUUGUAAGAUCUAUGACCAUUACUUAAGGGCUGUGGGGGACUGUUUGAAAGAAAUACGUUGGCAUAUAAGUCACUUGCAUGUGCACUUUUAUGUUCUAUGUACACAUCGUCUCUCGAUCACCCUGACAUAUUGUAUGGGCUAUCUGUUAACUCACUCUCCUGCCCACGUACGCUCGCACACACCUACUCUUUACCACCUGUCUAUCAUGCUACGGCCUACUGGCACCCGUGGGCGCUAAUCACUGGCUAAAUUUAUCUCGCCGGGAUCUAAAUGUACCGGGUGCUAAAAGGGCCAUUGUUUCCUAAUGGGUGCUGUGUGACUCUUCGUCAGGGAGACAGUUUUCUCCCCCUGCCUCUCUUUCUCAGACCACAUCCUCAACAUCACCCUGCUAAUGCUGCUGGGAUAAUGUGGAGGGGACUUGGGGCCUGUUGCAGUCUGCUUCCCUUUCACAUGCUACUGCAGCCCCCAGCCCUGUUUGGGAGCCAGGCUAAAGUUGGCAUUAAAAGAGUAGCACCCCAGUCACACAACCUACCAUUGAAUGCCCAGUUUCCUGCCUGUGGUAAUGGGGGGGGGGGGGUACGGAUUUGUUGAAGUAAUGGCACUUUAAUUGUGUGUGCGUUUUGUGUUUAUUCGUUCGUGGUGAGGAUGUGUGAAUGUGGGUGUGCCAGGAGAAGAUGGUGGUCCUGGAGUAUUUCAUUUGUGUUCAUACAUUAUAAGCAAUGUUGGAGGACAUGCCGAUUUCUGUUCUGUUGACCUCAGACUCACGUGUGUGUGUGUGUGUUGUGUGUGUGUGUGUGUGUUGUGUG